GGGUCGCAAUUUCGCCGUCUCGAGCUUAGUACUGAGUCCUAGAUAUUGCACCGCCUCGUGUUUCUCUCGAGUAUAACCCCACAGCGACUCCCGGGGAGCUGCUUGACGGACCAGAGCAGAACACAUGGCAGCGCUCCCGGAACUGUGACGCAAAAGACAAGAAGCCCUAGUCCAAUACCCAAUCAACUUGACCAGGCUGUCGAUCGAGCUUCGGUAGUUUAGUUGCCUUGAACAUAGCGCCGGCUCAGCACAUCUGGACUUCUUUACCGCCGUUGUGCUCCAUCCAGUAGACAGGAAGCCGUCGUUGGAUUGCUUCUUUCGCUUUGCCCUGCGUCUGAGAUACGCCGCGUCUGUCCCUUCGUUGCCCAGUCGGUGAAAGACGAAUUCCCAUUUAACGCAGAGCGCUCUCAUCCGACCUGCCCCUGCAGACCAAGCACGCACCUCUCUUUAUUCUCUUGACCGACGGCCUGACAACAACCCAGCAAGAAAUGUUCGGCAGGAUCGAGCCUCGUGGCCAUUCGCGGCGUCACCGUCACCACUCCAAUAUCUCCGCUGGGCCCGCUUUAGACGGGUUCCGAGACAGCUUCAGUGAUCUUUCACUAUGCUGUCCUGUUACUAACCAGUGGUCGCCGCCGAAUCCUGUGUCGGUUCGGCAGCAACAAGCAUCCCUCGCAGCCCUCGCCGCCGCCGGUCUAGAGCCUGGAAAACUGCCACUUGACAGCUAUGACUUCAUGUUAUCCACUAGCCCUCCAUCGGCGAGUAUCCAGGACAAUUGCUCCGGGUCGGACUCGAAGGCUUCGAUGCUAGUUUGUGUUCCGAACUCAACCACUUCUUCCAGGCAAUCGACCAUAGAUGAGACAUUAACUACCCAGCAACAUGUCGAAGACAUAUCAAGUCCCGUCGAUAGAGAUGCCGCGUUGUUGAAGAAGGACAAGAAAAAGAGAGGCCCCCGUGAAGCUCGGCAAUCUGUGGUGCCUCGAGGCAAAACCAAGAGAAAGGACUCGAUCCAAUAUAACGUGAAGGAAGAGGGGACCUACAUGGCCAUUGGUCAACAUCCCAUCUAUCCGGCCGUCACCCGGACAGAUCCAUAUUUCCCCAGCGUUUCCGAACAACGACUGACCCACCCGUACCCGACCUCUUUAGACGAGGAUGAUCUCUAUGACCAGCAUGCCCCUCCAUCGCAAGAAUAUGGGGUUGGCCAGUACAUGGAGGUGGAAUAUCAAGCGUCAGAUGCGUUUCACGUCGCCGAGGAGGGGUAUCACAUACUUGGAGGCCAUUAUGCCGAAGAGGCCCAUUCGGUCUUGGAGGAUGGCGGCAAUCAUCAGAGUCCCGAUGACUGGGAUAUGUGUGAAGUUUGA